AUGUUAAAGUUGAUUCUAAUUUUACUUAUUACUGUAGCGAAUGGGCAUUUGAAUAAACUUCAAAACGAUGCUGAUCUCGAAUCGGAACUCAUGCCGCAAGAGCUCAAUCCGACCUUCAUUCCGGAUAAGGACGAGCCGUGGAAGGCAGUCAUGCCCCUGAGACGACGCCGUGAAACUACUUUCCUCGACACCACAACAACAAACACCUUUAAGCUGUAUAGUCGCAUAGCAACGUGCGUUAUACUAGCCCUAUCAGCCAUUAUAGAAAUUUCCGUGUAUCUAAUCGAAACAUAUGUCACU